GGAACAAAGAAAAAAUAUUCUAAUGAAUUCUAAUGGUUAAUAGAAUGUAAAAGGAAAGUAGAAAAGAAAGGAAUUUUAGGAUGAAAUACAUUAAUUUUACGACGAUCGUAUUGGUGGUAUUUGGGGCUUACGUUCUUCAUUCUGUUUAUAUAAUUUAUAUGAUUUUCAAGCCUCCUAAAUGCAAAGGAGGAUUAAAUAAGUGCAUAACUCCAUACUACAACAACAUAGUGAAAGAGAAGUUCUCGAUUUCAAUAUUUACUUCAACAAAAGAGGAACCAUCAAUGUCCAGUUUGACGAUGUUGUGGUCAAAGACGAACUUCAAUUUUGAAGAAUAUUUGUCAAUGGUAGUCAACGCUAGCAUUCCAAGGAAAACAAGAAACAAUGGCACAAUGUUUGUCCACAUAUUUCUCCAUCCUCUUGGUUCAGAGCCAGAUAAACAUAAUGAGCUGGUUUCUCAUUCUGUUGCACCUCUGACCAAGUUUAUGGUAGAGAAAAGCAAAGCUUUUAACUUGAUGUCAGAAGAUGGAGAUAAUGCAACCAAGAGUAGCGCUAAAGUAGCAACAUCUGGCAUACCUGUUACGCAUUGGAGACCUCGAUUAACAUAUUAUAUUCUGACUGAUUCUGUAUCAUUUAAACGUCAUGCAAUUCCGGGGGAAAUUUUUUCAAUAAUGAGGAUAUCUCGUAAUGGGAAAUACAUGCCAUUUUUGUACAUUGAUGAACUUGAAAUGUUAGAAAGAAAUCUGAAGCCUGUGAACACCAACACCAAGGAAAUGGAACUCAAAAUUGAAUAUGCACCAAUUGGAAUCGGCAAGUUACGAUGUUGGAGAGUGGUAAGACAGUCUAUGGAUACCAUGAAGAGUUUAGGAUUCUCUGACAAGGAUCUUGAUGAAGUUAAGGGAAUAUUCACAGACACUAAUCUCUACCUGCUAGCUUUGACUUUUGCAAUUUCCGUAUUUCAUUUGCUUUUUGACUUUCUUGCGUUUAAAAACGAUAUUAUCUACUGGCGAAAAAGAUCAACGAUGGUCGGACUAUCCACAAGGGCUGUGCUGUGGAGAUGUUUAAGUACUGCGAUCAUAUUUCUGUAUCUAUUGGAUGAAAAGACGAGUUUGCUGGUUUUAAUUCCGACAGGCAUUGGGUUUCUUAUCGAGGUUUGGAAAGUCACAAAAGCUUUGAAGAUUACUGUAUUGUGGAAUGAGAGAGGGCUUCCCUCGUUUCAGUUUGGAGAGAAAAGCUCUGAAGAAAAAGAAACGGAAGAAUUUGACUCCCAGGCUAUGAAAUAUCUAUCGUAUGGUUUGUACCCGCUGGUUGUGAUUGGCGCUGUAUAUUCGCUGCUCUAUCAGCCUCAUAGGAGCUGGUACUCAUGGAUCAUCAGGUCAUUAGUCAACGGUGUUUAUGUUUUUGGUUUCAUAUUUAUGCUCCCUCAAUUGUUUGUCAAUUACAAGUUGAAAUCAGUGGCACAUUUACCAUGGCGAGCGCUGAUGUACAAAGCAUUCAACACAUUUAUUGAUGACGUAUUUGCGUUCAUAAUCACCAUGCCGACCGCUCAUAGACUGGCGUGUUUCAGAGAUGACAUUGUCUUCGUAAUAUAUUUAUACCAGCGAUGGUUGUAUCCAGUUGAUGUUAAGCGGGCGAAUGAGUUUGGAGUUUCUUAUGAGGACGAGAAAGAAGUCAAAGAACACAAGGACUAAAUUUCAAGCGAAAUGUCGCUUGGAGAACCAAUGGGAAUAAAGUUUUUCAUAAUAGCCAAUGGUAAAUCUUCACUGUCACCUUCUGGCUGCACACAGAAGCCAGUUUCUACGUGCUGCAAAUUUCCAUCAUUUGAAAUCUGAAACUUUGCAAGUUUAUCGCCACAAACUUCAGUUGGUAACACUAACUUUGUUCCAGAGUUGGUUUGUUCACCUUCCGGAUAUAAACAUCGUCCAUUCGCAAAUUUCAAUGCGAACUGUUGACCACCAGGGAAUCCCCCGCCGCCACCAGCAAUACUGUCACCACCACCACCGAUGCCGUGACCACCAGCCAUGCCUC